CUCCGUACUCGGUAUAUAAAACAUCCUCGCCUCGUUCUCCGCUUCGCCCCAUUCCCCAACCAACGCGCCAGCUACAACCAACAUGUCAGACCCCUCAGACCCCAACCAUGACGACCCCUCCAACAAGGACGACCCCCCUCUCACCCUGAAAAUCCACCACCGCAACACCCCGCACGAGUUCACCCUCCCCCGAAUCAGCACCCUCACCGACCUAACCGACCUCAUCUUCACAACUCUGCUCAUCCCCCCAACAAACCAAAAACUCCUCAUCUCCCCAUCCCCAGGAACCCUCAAACACCCCUUCCCACCGACCCCUCUCACCGACCUCCUCCCCCUCAACUCCCCGCGCCUCAAACUCACCCUCCUCGGCACCCCAACCAAAGACAUCGACACCCUGAACGCACACUCCACCGCCCAGAAAACCCUCGCCGAGGCACGUCAGCGCGCUCACGCCCUCUACGGCGCAAAACCCACCCCCAGCAGCACCGCCACCAACGUCUCCCGCAUCCAUACCCUCUCCAGCACCUCCUCUGCUUCAAAUUACACUUUCCAUCGUCUUCUCCCGCUUCCUCACCUCCCCAACCCGAACAAAUCUCUCACGUUCCUGGAACGACUCCGCGCCGAUCCCGGAAUCAAAUCCGCCAUGCAGAAACACAAGUUCAGCGUGCCGUUGCUCACGGAGAUGGAUCCGGCGGAACACACGACGAGUGAAUCGCGGACGCUCGGAUUGAAUAGGAAUAAAGGGGAGGUGAUUGAGUUACGGUUGCGGACGGAUGCGUAUGAUGGGUAUCGGGAUUAUCGCACGAUACGGAAAACGUUGUGUCAUGAGUUGGCGCAUUGUGUGUUCAGUGAACAUGAUCGGGAUUUCUGGGAUUUGACGGCGCAGAUUGAGAAGGAGGUCGAGAGGGGCGAUUGGACCAAGAGCGGGAGGACGGUGGCGGAUCAGGAGUUCUACAAUCCGGGAGAUUGGGAGGGGGUUAGGGAGAAUGGGUUGGUGGUGGAUGAUGCGGGGUGGACCGGUGGGGAGUUUGUAUUGGGGGGCCAGGGUCGGGGUGGUGGGAGGACGGAAAGUCGGAGGGAGGUUCUGGCCAAGGCGGCGGAGGAGAGGAUGAAGAGGGCGAGGGAGAGAGAGGGGGAAGGGCAGUCGUGACGGGACCAAUGUACGGGGUGGGAUGGUUGUAUGUGCGUAGAUGUUUGUUUUGUUGGAUAUACAUAGCAUGAUAUACUCCGUACGAUUUGUUUUAAUGACAUGAUAUGACG